AUGCACCCUCGCAACAAGCACCGCAAGUACCUUGACUACCGGGACUUGGCAGCCCGGCAGACAGGCUUGAAGCGAUUCGUCUUCGAGAAUGCCUGGGGCGGCGCCUCGAUCGACUACUCGAACCAGGAGGCUUUGGAGGAGCUGACCCGGAGCUUGCUAGCAGAGUUCUACGACGUUCAUAAGUGGGCUCUGCCCAGCGGCUACCUGUGCCCCCCUGUGCCCCAGCGGGCAGACUACGUCCACACGAUAGCAGAUUUGCUGAAUGCCUCGCUUUCCAUCGUUGCCGGGGAUGACCAGCAAGCUACGGAAGCCAUUGGGCCUCGCAUCUGGGGUCUGGACAUUGGUACAGGGGCGAGCUGCAUCUACUCUUUGCUUGGAGUUCGAGAGUAUGGCUGGAGCUUCAUUGCCAGCGACGUGGACGAAGUGGCACUCCAGAAUGCCGAGGACGUGCUUUCUGCGAACUCUCUCUCAAGCAGGGUCACAUUAAGGAGACAAGCGGACCCCAAGCAGAUAUUGAAGGGUGUCCUGCGUCGUGGGGAGUCCCUGGCCUUCACGAUCUGCAACCCGCCGUUUCACGAGUCCCUGGACCAUGCAGAAAAGGCGGCCACGACGAAGUGGAAACGCCUUAGCAGGGGCAAGCAACCGUCGAGCAAAAAGAAUUACCAGGGCCAGGAAGUAGAGCUGUGCUGCGAGGGGGGCGAAGUGGGCUUUGUCUUGCGACUCGUGGAAGAGAGCGCGAGGAAGCGAUUCCGGCUGGCGUGCCUUUGGUUUUCGAGUCUGCUUUCCAGGCAGUCGUCCAUGCGGCCGAUUCACCAACGUUUGGGUGAGCUCGGUGCGAAACGGCGCAGGUUCGAGAUCUGCCAGGGAAGGAAUGUGAAAUGGGUCAUUGCCUGGAGCUUCUACCCGAAAACUGAGCGAGGCUUGCAGCUGCUGCAGAUGCUGGAAGUGACCCGCGGAGACGCGAGUGAAACGAACGAAGCGAGGGAAGGGAAGGAAGCGGCUGUGUCGGGGAUGCCGCUGCCGAGGAAGCGGAGUGCGCAGCCCGUCGGCGAGGCGGUGCGCGCCAAGCGCCCCACGCUCCAUGAGCGACAAAAGGUCCUGGCGCAAAUCGGAGAGGUGAUUCACCGCCCAUCUAACAGAACCUCAGAUGUUCACCUCAUGUCACAAGCAGAUUACGGCCAUAUCAUUGCGCGACAGACAAGUGGGCCCUUUCCUGGGUGUCUGGGCUGUGCCCCCUUCUCCGGCACCUUUCAGUCCGGCUUUGUGCUUAUGGGCACCAUGGACUCGGAGAAGGCAAGGCGCAUUACCAUGUUGGCGGAGAAGCAAAGGAAGUCCCUCGCCAUCGGCCGCCAAGACGAGGCCGACGCACAGGAAGAGGCGAAGGAGGAGGCGUUGGCGCAAGCCCUGUCCACCGAAGCGAUAAGCUACGACUUCAAGGACACGUCCAAGAGGAGGCAGCUGGGCGUCCCUCGAUGGCUGCGGCCGUGCUACAACACCUGCUACAACAAGACCUUCCGAAGGCUACGGAGGCAGUUGAAGCCACUGGUGCGGAAUAUGUACUUUGACAUAGCCUCCACCUUGACGAUCCUCAUCAGUGCCAUUAUCAUGGGCAUUGAGGCAGAAAUUUGGGACCCUAACGACGGCAGCACGCCGAAGCCCGUGUGGAUCGAUCUUUGCAUGUGGAUCAUCAAUGUUUCGUUCCUAGUAGAGUGGGUCCUUCGCUUCAUCGUGGGCGGCGCGCUCUGGCUGAAGGAGCCCCUGAACAUCAUGUUCACCGUGGCUGUCUUUGCUCCCUUCUUCUUCGCUGCCUUGGGUGACACUGUGGAAAUCGUGCGCAUCGUGGUCAGGAUGCUCCGCAUUGGCAAGGUCAUCCAUACCAUCAAGAAUGUCAAGGGAUUCAAAGUCAUCUGGCUCCUCCUCUCUGGACUGUUUGCUUCGGCGGGGACGCUUUUCUGGUCGUGUCUCCUCUUGGCGACCUCUGUGCUGUUCUUCAGCAUCAUCGCUGUGGAUCUCAUCGGUUACGCAGAAGUGUGGACCUACCAGCCGGAGGACGCCAUUCCGAGGUGGUUUGUUUCCAUCCGCAGUGCGAUGUUCACAAUGAGUCGCUUCAUGAGCUCCGACGGUGCCAUGGAUAUUGUGGAGUACCUCAUGCAGGUGCCCUGGGCUAGAGACCCCAGCAACCCGUACCCGAACGACGGCCAGCCCUACAUUUGGAUCUUCCUGUUCGCCUUCCAGGCAUUGUCGCAAUACGUGAUCCUGAACCUGGUGACCGCGGUGAUCUGCGACAACUCCAUGAAGAUCGUGAGCGAAGACGAGGCCAACAGGGCUGAAGAGGCCGAGAAGGAGAAGCAGAAGCAAAUCGAGGAGCUGCGGGAGCUUUUCAAGCUCCUAGACUCCGACGGCAGCGGCGAGGUCGACACGGCUGAGUUUGAUGGUGCCUUUGAAAUUCCAGAUCUGGAGGAUGCUGCACAGCGUCGUGGACGCGAUCCUAGCAUCAAGUUCACGGCUUCGAGCUGGGUCAUUCGCAUGGCCCAGUCUCAAAUCAACGAUGAAGACUUAGACCCCUGGGAGGUUUUUCUAGCCGCCAAC